UGAUUACAUUGGAUAUCAUGGAGACUCUUACUGAAUUCAAAGAUAUCAUAAAUAAGGUCAGGAAAGAAUAUAACCAAGAGAAGAACCCAAGGAUCAUCCUUAUUGAUAAAUUUAUUGUUUUUUGUGUCUUCAUAUUGAUUGCAUGUAUUGGAUAUAGCUUUAUUAUGCCAAGAGCUCCAUUGAACUCACUUCUAGCAGCAGUAUUUUUGGCCAUGGGCGAAGGAUCCCUUGCUAUGAGCUUAAGGUUAAGACUCACAGAAGAUGAAUUUAAAGGAGAGUGUAAAACCAAAGCUUUUGUUCAUUUUGUCUUAGCAAGUAUUUUGAUGUGCACAGUUGCUUUGUACUACAUGCCAUAAGCUUGCUUUCAAUCAGAUACACGUAUAAA